AUGGCCACAAAGCGAAUCAAUUUGGAACUCCAGAGAUUAAAAAAUAAAAAUUUGACACAUAUAGUGUACCAGCCAUAUGAAAAUAAUAUUUUUAACUGCUGAGGAAUGAUUGAAGGACCUGAAAACACGCCUUACCAAGGUGGCAUUUUUUAUGUGCUAAUUAAGCUUCCACUUGAUUAUCCUUUUAAGAACCCAAAGAUUUAUUUCAUGACCAAAAUAUUUCAUCCCGCAGUUAGCGAGUCCGGAAAAAUCUGUUGUAACACUGUUUUUGAUGAAUGGAGCCCAAAAAAUACAAUUGAAUAUUUAUUACAACUUAUAUGAGAACAUUUAAAAAAUCCAGUUUGCUGCUGUGGGGUAGGUGCUAAUCUAUUUAAAAAUGAUAAAAACAGAUUUAUUCAGACCGCUCAACAAUGAACUCAAUACUACGCAAAUUAA